AUUCGUCAACCCCCAUAGAUCAACAGCUCACAUCACAAAUUACAAUUUACAUUCCCCAAAUUUCUGAAAACCCCCAAAUUCACAAUUCCAAUUCCAAUUUCAGAAUCCCAAUUCCAAUUCCCUGUAAAUUCGAGAAACCUCGCUGCUAAUUCUCCGAUGCUGAUGAUGAUUACGCACAAAUAAAAAAUAUAUAUAUAUAUAUAGAGAGAGGCACCGUAAAAAAUCAGAAAUGAAAGGCGGCUUUUCGGCGCCCGGUGAUUAUGUCUAUUUCAAGUCUCAAGUCCCUCUUCACAGAAUCCCUAUCGGAUCAAAGCAGUGGCGAUAUUACGAUUUUGGUCCAAAAGUUGUGCCCCCACUAAUAUGUCUUCCUGGUAUAGCUGGAACUGCAGAUGUUUACUACAAGCAAAUCAUGUCGCUUUCGAUGAAGGGUUAUCGUGUAAUUUCUGUUGAUAUUCCACGCGUGUGGAAUCAGCAAGAGUGGAUUCAGGCAUUUGAGAAGUUUUUGGAUGCUAUUGAUGUUCAUCAUAUACAUCUUUAUGGUACAUCACUUGGGGGCUUCUUAGCACAACUUUUUGCUCAGCAUCGUCCACGACGAGUUAGAUCUUUGGUACUUUCAAACACGUUUUUGGAGACGACUAGUUUCUCUGCAGCCAUGCCAUGGUCUCCCAUUGUAGGUUGGACACCCUCAUUUCUACUCAAGCGUUAUGUUCUAAGUGGAAUUCGUGACGGUCCUCACGAACCUUUUAUUGCAGAUUCGGUGGACUUUGUUGUUGCUCAGGUUGAGACACUUUCGAAAGACGAUUUAGCCUCUAGAUUGAGUAUAAGUGUUGAUGCAGCAUCCGUUGGACAUCUUAUGCUUUCAGAUUCUUUGAUUACUAUAAUCGAUACGAAUGAUUACUGUGCAACUCCCCAAGAACUGAAAGAUCAAGUAACUGAAAGAUAUCCUGGUGCCAGACAAGCGAGCCUCAAGUCUGGCGGUGAUUUUCCUUUUCUUUCACGACCGGACGAAGUAAAUCUUCAUCUUCAGCUACACCUAAGACGAGUUGGUGUUGAAGCCAGGCAAGACAUGGUCCCUGGAAUCCGAAAGGAUGAUUCCGGCGGAAGUUCAAGCGGCCAAAACGAUAAACGAGGAAACACUGACGAUGAAACUCCACAAGACGACAAAAAGGACUUUGGUGGUGGGCCCACAAAUUCAAAUGAACCACCUCUACUCCCGGAAGGUUCCGAUUCGGAUCAUUUCGAAAACCAAACACUCGGCAAGUCUUAUCUAUCUUCUGAUGACAUCAGCGGCGAAAACAUGGUACGUCUUAUUAUGCUGCCAGCUGUACUGGAGAAUGGGAUAGCUAUGUUAGCUUGUGAAGCCGUUUUGAAUGCUAUGUGUGAGUACGCCUUUCUUAAUUUGCUCCGUGUUUACUUAAGCACCUUGUGCGUUGUUAAUUUGGACGUAUAGUUUGAAAUAUUCAGGCACUCGAUUGAGAUGUAUUAUUUGUACAUUAUGGUAUGUGAAUUUUUUUUCUAUUUCCUACAAGGAAAUGAUUCGU